GAGCAGUUUUGCAGUUCGUUAUUAAAUUGAAAAUAAUAUGGAUCAAUUUCAUCUAACUUUAAACUAUGAAGGCGUAGACUACGAGGUCUGCGUUAAAGACCUGGAAACGGUCAAUUUACUUUUGAAUGGAUGCAAGCAUAAGGUAACCCCAUUAAAUCUAGGGGAUUCAAUGGAUAUUGAUGAAACUACAUCAGGAACUGCGAAAAAUGAAAUAGAAGAGCAACAACCAGAUCAUACAGAUUUAGAGGGUCUCAACAUCAACCCCAGUUAG